ACGGACCAAAAUAGGGUGCCACGGAUCCAGAGGCAGAACAGCUAAAGACCUUUUCAUUUACUGGACUUCCGUUUAUAUAUAUCACUGCCUGCACAAUUUAAGUCAUUCUAACGAUUUUCUCCACGGAAUAUCAAUUGGAUUCCUCGAGUCACAGGGUUUCCUGAAAAUGUCAGGGCGCGGUAAAGGAGGCAAGGGUUUGGGAAAGGGAGGUGCAAAGCGGCACAGGAAGGUGCUGCGAGAUAACAUUCAGGGCAUCACAAAGCCUGCGAUUAGGCGUCUGGCAAGGCGUGGAGGCGUGAAGCGUAUAAGCGGGCUCAUCUAUGAAGAAACUAGGGGAGUUCUCAAGAUCUUUUUGGAAAAUGUUAUUCGGGAUGCCGUGACAUACACAGAGCAUGCCAGGCGUAAGACCGUUACGGCCAUGGAUGUGGUGUACGCGCUCAAGAGGCAGGGCCGCACACUCUAUGGCUUCGGCGGCUGAGUUUUUCCUUCAAAGUCUUGCGGUCAAGAAUGGUGUCUUUCGACACCGCCUCUUGUUACAGGAAAUGUGUUUACAUGUGAUAUUGAAAGCGUUUAGCUGUUUUGGAUGCCGUAAAGUUCAGGAUCGUAGUGUGUGCAUCAUUUUGUUAUGGUUGCGAUGCAUUGCUAGGGGGUUCCUGUAAUACAACAGCUAGGGUUAAUGUUAAAGCUUCAAUGAUUCUUUACGAAGUUUGAAGAUUUUAGGAGUUCAUAUUUUUUUUUUAGACUGUAGCUCCGUUACUUUCGAAUGUGCCGUGAGGCGAAUCAGAGUGUUUCAAAGCUGUUCGUUCUCUGGAGCUUUUUAAUGACAUCCAAAUAAUUUUCCC